AUGAAGUGGGCCACGUCCAGCGAAAGUGGCCUCCUCCCUGCCUUCGGGCAGUGGCUAAAAACUGUAGAAUUGCAAUACGUGAAGGCUGCUGAACUCUGCAGCUUCCCAGCACCCCCAAGUCCACAACCAGGCUCUGCAGUUAUGAGGAGAGAAGCCUCUACAAUCGUUUUUCAGACACUUCUGAACGUGACAGGGGACCAGCCUGAAGUGAACAAAGGCCAAGCACAGUUGGAACUAUUGGGGGAGGAGAUGCUGGCCUUCUGGUUCCUGUCUCUUGUACUUCAGCUCUCGGUUUCCCAGUUCAUUGCUUCUAAGAAAGGGCUUGAUGAGAACGGAACCAUCUGGGACUCAGGAGGGUGUGCCUUUUCUGCCAACCUCAGUGCCCCCGAGUGCCAGUGGCAGAAGGCACCCCACAACUUUACAGAGACCACAGCCAAAGAUCACAGCACUGCAGAAACUGGAAAUAAGAAGACUGGGGCCAAAUAUGGCUUCCAGAGUACAGAAGGAAGACAAAAAAUAUCUACUGAGAAUGAAAAUAUUAAGACAAAUUCCAAAGCUGUCCCCAACACGAACUCGAAAACGUCCACCGACACCUCCACCAGCCUGGAAUGCAGGAUCCCCACCACCACCACCACCACCACCACCACAUCAAAACCAUCCCAUAUCUCCACACUGACAAGCCCCAGAACUCAGAGUACCAUUGAGUUUAACAACUCAAACACUCCAACAACUCAGCCUGUCACCCCUACCCAAGUGACAUCUGCAGCACCUACUACUUCCACAGGGACCACAACAAUAACCAAACCUUCCCCUGGCUCCACCUUCACUAGCCUCACAGCUCAGAGUACCACACAGUAUGAAAUCACAACCACUGUGACCACUGAAGCUAUCAACUCUCCUGAAAGUACAACAGCAGCUUCCACUACUACCCCAGGGACCUCAACACUGACAACACCUUCGCCAGACCUCUCUUCAAAUACACUCACAGCCCAGAGUGGGACAAACACUAAGAACAUGACAACAGUGAGCACCCAGACUGUUACCCCUACUAAAAGUGAAACAGCCGGUGCCACUACAUCCCUGGGGACUUCACCAAUGGCCACACGUUUCUACAGUUACACAGUGAAAACUUCCACAGCUAAGACAACCACCGUAUCUGAAAGCAUAACCUCUCUGACGACCCAGGCUCUGACUCCCACAUGUGUACUACCCACUACAUCCUCAGGGACCACAGCAACAGCUACACCAUCCCCUGGCUCCACCUCAACUAGCCUCACAGCUCAGCCUACCACAGAGUCUGAAAGCACAAUAACUGUGAACACCCAGGCUGUCACCCUUCCAGAAAGUACAACACCACCUGCCACUACUGCCCCAGAGACCUCAACAACAGCCACACCUUCCCCAGGCUUCUCCUCAAACAGCGCCACAACUCAGAGUACCACCGACUCUGACAGCACGACAACUGUGAGCACCAAGCCGGUCACCGAUCCAGAAAGUACAACAGGAGCUGCGAAUACUUCCCCAGGGACUUCACCAACGUCCACACCUUCCUCUAGUUACACGGACACAACUUCCACAGCUCAGAGUACCACGGUAUCAGAAAGCAUAACCACUCACACAACCCAGGCUCUGACCUCUACCCAAGGGACAUCUGUGGGAGCCACUACUUCCUCAGAGACCACAGCAACAGCUACACCUUCCCCUGGCUCCACCUCGACUACCCUCACAGUUCACAGCACUACACAGUCUGAAAGCACAACAACUGGGACCACCCAGGGUGUCACCACUACGAAAAGAACAACAGCAACUGCCACGACUUUAUCGGGAACCUCACCAAUGACCUCACCUUCCCCAAGCUUCUCUACAAACAGCCCCACAACUCAGAGUACCACCCACUCUGACAGCAUGACACCUGUAGGCACUCUGCCUGUUACCCCCACUGAAAGUACAACAGCAGCUGCCACUACUUUCCCAGGGACUUCAGCAACACAAACACCUUCCUCUGCUUACACUGGGACAACUUCCACAGCUCAGAGCAUGACCGGGUCUGAAAUCACAACCUCUCUGACAACCCAGGCUCUCACCCCUACCCAAGGAACAUCUGUGGGAGCCACUACUUCCUCAGGGACCACAGCAACAGCUACACCUUCCCAUGGCUCCACCUCGACUAGCCUCACACCUGAGACUACUACUGAGUCUGAAAGCACAGUAACUGUGAACACCCAAGCUGUCACCCUUCCAGAAAGUACAACACCAGCUGCCACUACUGCCCCAGGGCCCUCAACAACGGCCACACCUUCCCAAGACUUCUCCUCAAACAGCCCCACAUCUCAGAGUACCACCGACUCUGACAGCACGACAACUGUGAGAACCCAGGCUGUCACCCUUCCAGAAAGUACAACAGCAGCUGCCAAUACUUCCCCAGGGAUUUCACCAAUGUCCACACCUUCCUCUGGUUACAUGGAGACAACUUCCACAGCUCAGAGUACCACUGCAUCUGAAAGCAUAACCUCUCUGACAACCCAGGCUCUGAGCCCUACCCAAGGGACAUCUGUAGCAGCCUCUACUUCCUCAGCAACCAUACCAACAGGUACACAUUCCACUGGCUCCACCUCCACUACCCUCACAGCUCAGAGUACCACUGGAUCUGACAGCACGACAACUCUGAGAACCGAUCCUGUUACUACUUUCCCUGGGACUUUCUCAGCAGGCACACCGUCUCCUGGUUACACUGGGACUAGUCCUAGCUCGCACAGUACCACCAAGUCUGAAAGGCCAAUCACUCUGACUACCCAGGCUCUCACCCCUACCCACGGAACAUCUGUAGUAGCCUCUACUUCCUUAGAGACCACAGCAACAGCUACACCUUCCCCUGGCUCAACCUCAACUAGCCUCACAGCUCAGGCUGCCACAGAGCCUGAAAGCACAAUAACUGUGAACACCCAGGCUGUCACCCUUCCAGAAAGUACAACAGCAGCUGCCAAUACUUCCCCAGGGAUUUCACCAACGUCCACACCUUCCUCUGGUUACAUGGAGACAACUUCCACAGCUCAGAGUACCACUGCAUCUGAAAGCAUAACCUCUCUGACAACCCAGGCUCUGAGCCCUACCCAAGGGACAUCUGUAGCAGCCUCUACUUCCUCAGCGACCAUACCAACAGGUACACAUUCCACUGGCUCCACCUCGACUACCCUCACAGCUCAGAGUACCACUGAAUCUGACAGCACGACAACUCUGAGAACCGAUCCUGUUACUACUUUCCCUGGGACUUUCUCAGCAGGCACACCGUCUCCUGGUUACACUGGGACUAGUCCUAGCUCACACAGUACCACCAAGUCUGAAAGGCCAAUCACUCUGACUACUCAGGCUCUCACCCCUACCCAAGGAACAUCUGUAGUAGCCUCUACUUCCUCAGGGACCACAGCAACAGCUACACCUUCCCCUGGCUCAACCUCAACUAGCCUCACAGCUCAGGCUGCCACAGAGCCUGAAAGCACAAUAACUGUGAACACCCAGGCUGUCACCCUUCCAGAAAGUACAACAGCAGCUGCCAAUACUUCCCCAGGGACUUCACAAACGUCCACACCUUUCUCUGGUUACAUGGAGACAACUUCCACAGCUCAGAGUACCACUGAGUCUGACAGCACGCCAACUCUGAGAACCCAACCUGUUACCCCUACUGCAAGUACAACAGGAGCUUACCCUACUCCCCCAGAGACUUCACCAACAGCCACACCUUACUCCGCUUACAACAGGACAACUUCCACAGCUCAGAGCAUGACCGGGUCUGAAAUCACAACCUCUCUGACAACGCAGGCUCUCACCCCUACCCAAGGAACAUCUGUGGGAGCCACUACUUCCUCAGGGACCACAGCAACAGCUACACGUUCCCCUGGCUCCAUAUUGACUACCAUCACAGCUCAGAGUAACACAGAGUCUGAAAGCACAACUCUGACCACCCAGGCUAUGACCCUUUCCGAAAGUACAACAGGAGCUGCGACUACUUUAACAGAGACUUCAACAACAGCCACACCUUCAUCUGUUAACACUGGGACAACUUCCACAGCUCAGAGUACCACGGUAUCAGAAAGCAUAACCACUCAGACAACCCAGGCUCUGACCUCUACCCAAGGGACAUCUGUGGGAGCCACUACUUCCUCAGAGAUCACAGUAACACCUAUACCUUCCCCUGGCUCCACCUCGACUACCCUCACAGUUCACAGCACUACACAGUCUGAAAGCACAACAACUGGGACCACCCAGGGUGUCACCACUACUAAAAGAACAACAGCAACUGCCACGACUUUAUCGGGAACCUCACCAAUGACCUCACCUUCCCCAAGCUUCUCUACAAACAGCCCCACAACUCAGAGUGCCACCCACUCUGACAGCAUGACACCUGUAAGCACCCAGCCUGUUACCCCCACUGAAAGUACAACAGUAGCUGCCACUACUUUCCCAGGGACUUCAGCAACACAAACACCUUCCUCUGCUUACACUGGGACAACUUCCACAGCUCAGAGCAUGACCGGGUCUGAAAUCACAACCUCUCUGACAACCCAGGCUCUCACCCCUACCCAAGGAACAUCUGUAGCAGCCACUACUUCCUCAGGGACCACAGCAACAGCUACACCUUCCCCUGGCUCCACCUCGACUAGCCUCACAGCUGAGACUACUACUGAGUCUGAAAGCACAGUAACUGUGAACACCCAAGCUGUCACCCUUCCAGAAAGUACAACACCAGCUGCCACUACUGCCCCAGGGCCCUCAACAACGGCCACACCUUCUCAAGGCUUCUCCUCAAACAGCCCCACAUCUCAGAGUACCACCGACUCUGACAGCACGACAACUGUGAGAACCCAGGCUGUCACCCUUCCAGAAAGUACAACAGCAGCUGCCAAUACUUCCCCAGGGAUUUCACCAACGUCCACACCUUCCUCUGGUUACAUGGAGACAACUUCCACAGCUCAGAGUACCACGGUAUCAGAAAGCAUAACCACUCACACAACCCAGGCUCUGACCUCUACCCAAGGGACAUCUGUGGGAGCCACUACUUCCUCAGAGAUCACAGCAACACCUACACCUUCCCCUGGCUCCACCUCGACUACCCUCACAGUUCACAGCACUACACAGUCUGAAAGCACAACAACUGGGACCACCCAGGGUGUCACCACUACGAAAAGAACAACAGAAACUGCCACGACUUUAUCGGGAACCUCACCAAUGACCUCACCUUCCCCAAGCUUCUCUACAAACAGCCCCACAACUCAGAGUACCACCCACUCUGACAGCAUGACACCUGUAAGCACCCAGCCUGUUACCCCCACUGAAAGUACAACAGCAGCUGCCACUACUUUCCCAGGGACUUCAGCAACACAAACACCUUCCUCUGCUUACACUGGAACAACUUCCACAGCUCAGAGCAUGACCGGGUCUGAAAUCACAACCUCUCUCACAACCCAGGCUCUCACCCCUACCCAAGGAACAUCUGUAGCAGCCACUACUUCCUCAGGGACCACAGCAACAGCUACACCUUCCCCUGGCUCCACCUCGACUAGCCUCACAGCUGAGACUACUACUGAGUCUGAAAGCACAGUAACUGUGAACACCCAAGCUGUCACCCUUCCAGAAAGUACAACACCAGCGGCCACUACUGCCCCAGGGCCCUCAACAACGGCCACACCUUCUCAAGACUUCUCCUCAAACAGCCCCACAUCUCAGAGUACCACCGACUCUGACAGCACGACAAGUGUGAGAACCCAGGCUGUCACCCUUCCAGAAAGUACAAAAGCAGCUGCCAAUACUUCCCCAGGGAUUUCACCAACGUCCACACCUUCCUCUGGUUACAUGGAGACAACUUCCACAGCUCAGAGUACCACGGUAUCAGAAAGCAUAACCACUCACACAACCCAGGCUCUGACCUCUACCCAAGGGACAUCUGUGGGAGCCACUACUUCCUCAGAGAUCACAGCAACACCUACACCUUCCCCUGGCUCCACCUCGACUACCCUCACAGUUCACAGCACUACACAGUCUGAAAGCACAACAACUGGGACCACCCAGGGUGUCACCACUACGAAAAGAACAACAGCAACUGCCACGACAUUAUCGGGAACCUCACCAAUGACCUCACCUUCCCCAAGCUUCUCUACAAACAGCCCCACAACCCAGAGUACCACCCACUCUGACAGCAUGACACCUGUAGGCACUCUGCCUGUUACCCCCACUGAAAGUACAACAGCAGCUGCCACUACUUUCCCAGGGACUUCAGCAACACAAACACCUUCCUCUGCUUACACUGGGACAACUUCCACAACUUCCACAACUCAGGGUAUGACCGAGUCUGAAAUCACAACCACCCUGACAACGCAGGCUCUUUCCUCUACCCAAGGGACAUCUGUAGCAGCCACUUCUUCCUCAGGGACCACAGCAACAGCUACACCUUCCCCUGGAUCCACCUCAACAAGCCUCACAGCUCAGAGUACCACUGAGUCUGACAGCAUGCCAACUCUGAGAAUGCAACCUGUUACCCCUACUGCAAGUACAACAGGAGCUUACACUACUCCCCCAGAGACUUCACUAACAGCCACACCUUCCUCCGCUUACAAUAGGACAACUUCCACAGCUCAGAGCAUGACCGGGUCUGAAAUUACAACCACUCUGACAACCCAGACUCUGAACCCUACCCAAGGAACAUCUGUAGCAGCCACUACUUCAUCAGGGACCACAGCAACAGCUACACCUUCCCCUGGCUCUAUAUUGACUACCUUCACAGCUCAGAGUAACACAGAGUCUGAAAGCACAAUAACUGUGAACACCCAGGCUGUCACCCUUCCAGAAAGUACAACAGCAGCUGCCAAUACUUCCCCAGGGAUUUCACCAACGUCCACACCUUCCUCUGGUUACAUGGAGACAACUUCCACAGCUCAGAGUACCACGGUAUCAGAAAGCAUAACCACUCACACAACCCAGGCUCUGACCUCUACCCAAGGGACAUCUGUGGGAGCCACUACUUCCUCAGAGAUCACAGCAACACCUACACCUUCCCCUGGCUCCACCUCGACUACCCUCACAGUUCACAGCACUACACAGUUUGAAAGCACAACAACUGGGACCACCCAGGGUGUCACCACUACGAAAAGAACAACAGAAACUGCCACGACUUUAUCGGGAACCUCACCAAUGACCUCACCUUUCCCAAGCUUCUCUACAAACAGCCCCACAACUCAGAGUACCACCCACUCUGACAGCAUGACACCUGUAAGCACCCAGCCUGUUACCCCCACUGAAAGUACAACAGCAGCUGCCACUACUUUCCCAGGGACUUCAGCAACACAAACACCUUCCUCUGCUUACACUGGGACAACUUCCACAGCUCAGAGCAUGACCGGGUCUGAAAUCACAACCUCUCUGACAACCCAGGCUCUGAGUCCUACCCAAGGGACAUCUGUAGCAGCCUCUACUUCCUCAGCGACCAUACCAACAGGUACACAUUCCACUGGCUCCACCUCCACUACCCUCACAGCUCAGAGUACCACUGAAUCUGACAGCACGACAACUCUGAGAACCGAUCCUGUUACUACUUUCCCUGGGACUUUCUCAGCAGGCACACCGUCUCCUGGUUACACUGGGACUAGUCCUAGCUCGCACAGUACCACCAAGUCUGAAAGGCCAAUCACUCUGACUACCCAGGCUCUCACCCCUACCCAAGGAACAUCUGUAGUAGCCUCUACUUCCUCAGGGACCACAGCAACAGCUACACCUUCCCCUGGCUCAACCUCAACUAGCCUCACAGCUCAGGCUGCCACAGAGCCUGAAAGCACAAUAACUGUGAACACCCAGGCUGUCACCCUUCCAGAAAGUACAACAGCAGCUGCCAAUACUUCCCCAGGGAUUUCACCAAUGUCCACACCUUCCUCUGGUUACAUGGAGACAACUUCCACAGCUCAGAGUACCACUGCAUCUGAAAGCAUAACCUCUCUGACAACCCAGGCUCUGAGCCCUACCCAAGGGACAUCUGUAGCAGCCUCUACUUCCUCAGCGACCAUACCAACAGGUACACAUUCCACUGGCUCCACCUUGACUACCCUCACAGCUCAGAGUACCACUGAAUCUGGCAGCACGACAACUCUGAGAACCGAUCCUGUUACUACUUUCCCUGGGACUUUCUCAGCAGGCACACCGUCUCCUGCCUCUACUUCCUCAGGGACCACAGCAACAGCUACACCUUCCCCUGGCUCAACCUCAACUAGCCUCACAGCUCAGGCUGCCACAGAGCCUGAAAGCACAAUAACUGUGAACACCCAGGCUGUCACCCUUCCAGAAAGUACAACAGCAGCUGCCAAUACUUCCCCAGGGACUUCACAAACGUCCACACCUUCCUCUGGUUACAUGGAGACAACUUCCACAGCUCAGAGUACCACUGAGUCUGACAGCACGCCAACUCUGAGAACCCAACCUGUUACCCCUACUGCAAGUACAACAGGAGCUUACCCUACUCCCCCAGAGACUUCACCAAAAGCCACACCUUCCUCUGCUUACAAUAGGACAACUUCCACAGCUCAGAGCAUGAACAGGUCUGAAAUCACAACCUCUCUGACAACGCAGGCUCUCACCCCUACCCAAGGAACAUCUGUGGGAGCCACUACUUCCUCAGGGACCACAGCAACAGCUACACGUUCCCCUGGCUCCAUAUUGACUACCUUCACAGCUCAGAGUAACACAGAGUCUGAAAGCACAACUCUGACCACCCAGGCUAUGACCCUUUCCGAAAGCACAACAUCAGCUGCCACUACUUUAACAGGGACUUCAACAACAGCCACACCUUCAUCUGCUAACACUGGGACAACUUCCACAGCUCAGAGUACCACGGUAUCAGAAAGCAUAACCACUCAGACAACCCAGGCUCUGACCUCUACCCAAGGGACAUCUGUGGGAGCCACUACUUCCUCAGAGACCACAGCAACAGCUACACCUUCCCCUGGCUCCACCUCGACUACCCUCACAAUUCACAGUACCACACAGUCUGAAAGCACAACAACUGGGACCACCCAGGGUGUCACCACUACGAAAAGAACAACAGCAACUGCCACGACUUUAUCGGGAACCUCACCAAUGACCUCACCUUCCCCAAGCUUCUCUACAAACAGCCCCACAACCCAGAGUACCACCCACUCUGACAGCAUGACACCUGUAGGCACUCUGCCUGUUACCCCCACUGAAAGUACAACAGCAGCUGCCACUACUUUCCCAGGGACUUCAGCAACACAAACACCUUCCUCUGCUUACACUGGGACAACUUCCACAACUUCCACAGCUCAGGGUAUGACCGAGUCUGAAAUCACAACCACUCUGACAACGCAGGCUCUCACCCCUACCCAAGGGACAUCUGUAGCAGCCACUUCUUCCUCAGGGACCACAGCAACAGCUACACCUUCCUCUGGCUCUAUAUUGACUACCUUCACAGCUCAGAGUAACACAGAGUCUGAAAGCACAAUAACUGUGAACACCCAGGCUGUCACCCUUCCAGAAAGUACAACAGCAGCUGCCAAUACUUCCCCAGGGACUUCACAAACGUCCACACCUUCCUCUGGUUACAUGGAGACAACUUCCACAGCUCAGAGUACCACUGAGUCUGACAGCACGCCAACUCUGAGAACCCAACCUGUUACCCCUACUGCAAGUACAACAGGAGCUUACCCUACUCCCCCAGAGACUUCACCAAAAGCCACACCUUCCUCCGCUUACAAUAGGACAACUUCCACAGCUCAGAGCAUGACCGGGUCUGAAAUCACAACCUCUCUGACAACGCAGGCUCUCACCCCUACCCAAGGAACAUCUGUGGGAGCCACUACUUCCUCAGGGACCACAGCAACAGCUACACGUUCCCCUGGCUCCAUAUUGACUACCUUCACAGCUCAGAGUAACACAGAGUCUGAAAGCACAACUCUGACCACCCAGGCUAUGACCCUUUCCGAAAGCACAACAUCAGCUGCCACUACUUUAACAGGGACUUCAACAACAGCCACACCUUCAUCUGCUAACACUGGGACAACUUCCACAGCUCAGAGUACCACGGUAUCAGAAAGCAUAACCACUCAGUCAACCCAGGCUCUGACCUCUACCCAAGGGACAUCUGUAGGAGCCACUACUUCCUCAGUUACCACAGCAACAGCUACACCUUCCCCUGGCUCCACCUCGACUACCCUCACAAUUCACAGUACCACACAGUCUGAAAGCACAACAACUGGGACCACCCAGGGUGUCACCACUACGAAAAGAACAACAGCAACUGCCACGACUUUAUCGGGAACCUCACCAAUGACCUCACCUUCCCCAAGCUUCUCUACAAACAGCCCCACAACCCAGAGUACCACCCACUCUGACAGCAUGACACCUGUAGGCACUCUGCCUGUUACCCCCACUGAAAGUACAACAGCAGCUGCCACUACUUUCCCAGGGACUUCAGCAACACAAACACCUUCCUCUGCUUACACUGGGACAACUUCCACAAUUUCCACAGCUCAGGGUAUGACCGAGUCUGAAAUCACAACCACUCUGACAACGCAGGCUCUCACCCCUACCCAAGGGACAUCUGUAGCAGCCACUUCUUCCUCAGGGACCACAGCAACAGCUACACCUUCCUCUGGCUCUAUAUUGACUACCUUCACAGCUCAGAGUAACACAGAGUCUGAAAGCACAAUAACUGUGAACACCCAGGCUGUCACCCUUCCAGAAAGUACAACAGCAGCUGCCAAUACUUCCCCAGGGAUUUCACCAACGUCCACACCUUCCUCUGGUUACAUGGAGACAACUUCCACAGCUCAGAGUACCACAGUAUCAGAAAGCAUAACCACUCACACAACCCAGGCUCUGACCUCUACCCAAGGGACAUCUGUGGGAGCCACUACUUCCUCAGAGAUCACAGCAACACCUACACCUUCCCCUGGCUCCACCUCGACUACCCUCACAGUUCACAGCACUACACAGUCUGAAAGCACAACAACUGGGACCACCCAGGGUGUCACCACUACGAAAAGAACAACAGAAACUGCCACGACUUUAUCGGGAACCUCACCAAUGACCUCACCUUCCCCAAGCUUCUCUACAAACAGCCCCACAACUCAGAGUACCACCCACUCUGACAGCAUGACACCUGUAAGCACCCAGCCUGUUACCCCCACUGAAAGCUCUGAGUCCUACCCAAGGGACAUCUGUAGCAGCCUCUACUUCCUCAGCGACCAUACCAACAGAAAGUACAACAGCAGCUGCCAAUACUUCCCCAGGGAUUUCACCAACGUCCACACCUUCCUCUGGUUACAUGGAGACAACUUCCACAGCUCAGAGUACCACUGCAUCUGA